UUCACAUCACACACACCUCCCGGCGAACCGAAAGCGCGUGAAACAACAGAUGAUCCGCGCGCUCCUUCAUCUCCGCUGAUAGAAUGACGCGAGACGCCCGCGUCCUGACCGCGGGUGUGUUUUUCGGUGUCCGCGUUCAUCUCCUCUCCGUCUCAUCCGUCUCUCAUUCUGUCUCCGCUGCCAACUUCUCCAAACAUCUGUGAAGGGGCUCAUCUGAAGCUCUUGGACUAUUAUUGCGCACUGAUAUUGAUUUAUAGUUGUGUUUCAGUUACCCGAGCCUCGGGCGCGCACGGACUCACAGGACUCAGAUCUGAUAGAAGUGGCACAUGCGUUCAUAUCGGAUGUGUGUUGGGAUGAAAACAUAAACACAGACUCUGUGAUUCUCUUGUGUGUUUUUCGCGUGAUUUCUGCGGCGCAGUCCAGCAUUAUUGAGCGCAGUGCGCACGGCGCUUUUGGACACUUGGACACCGACAUCAGCUGUGUUCACAGAUGCGAAUGAAAGUGGACUGAAGAAAGAGGAAUUUACGUGUCCGACUGUAGAGAUGCUGCAAGUGGAAAUGAUGGUGUUCGUGGGUGUGAUUCUGUGGAUGUGUGUAUUUAGUCAAGAGGCCAGCUCGAAGGUGAUGGCUGAUCGAUACGCGGUCUACUGGAACCGAACCAACCCGAGGUUUCAGCGUGGAGACUAUCACAUCGACGUCUGUAUAAAUGACUAUCUGGACGUGUUCUGCCCGCACUACGAGGAGUCCGUGCCGGAGGAGAGGACGGAGCGUUACGUGCUCUACAUGGUGAACUAUGACGGUUACAGCACAUGUGAUCACACGGCCAAAGGCUUCAAGCGCUGGGAGUGUAACCGACCGCACUCGCCCAACGGUCCGCUCAAGUUCUCUGAGAAGUUUCAGCUCUUCACACCCUUCUCUCUGGGCUUCGAGUUUCGACCGGGCCGCGAGUAUUAUUACAUAUCAUCUAUGAUCACAGAUACGGGCAGAAGAUCGUGUCUCAAGCUGAAAGUGUUUGUGAGACCACCAAAUGGCUGUGAGAAAACCAUAGGCGUUCAUGACCGUGUUUUUGUCGAUAAUGACAGAGUAGACAAUGCAUUAGAACCAAGAGAUGACACGAGUCAUGAAGCAGAACCCUCUCGGAGUGACGUGUCUGGUUCUCAACAGCCGGUUGUACCGGCACUGCCUCUGCUGGCUCUCCUGCUGCUCUGCGUCUCUGUGUUUCUCACCUCAUAGCCCCUCACCUGAGCCCCCCACACACCCUCCCCCCCGAACGUCCAGGUCCGAACACGAGCGGUCCGACGCUGGAGAGCCGUGCGGGCUUUGAGAAUUCCCAGGAACGCUUCAAUUACGCUUUUAUUUUGAUUUGCAAAUAUUUAAGAGGUCUUUGGCUGUCUUUGAUUAAGAAAUGUUGAUUAAGAGAAGAAAUGCAGAUCACCCGUUUAACCCAUCGACUGUGACGGUGAAUCAUGAUUUGACGGCCGGUCACAGGGGAUUGGGCGGCUGGGAGGAGUGGGUGGAGUCUUAGACUUAGCGAGUGUUUUCUUUGGGUCUGUCGGGAGCGAGUCGCUCCUUUUGUUGGUAAUUAGCGCAAGUGUUGAACGUGCGAAGAGAAGGCUUUCUCGUGAUGGUUUAUAGGCGAGGGUCACAUAGAACAGAAGCGUAACUGUGGCUCAUAUCUACACUGUUAGAAGUAAAUAUACUAAGACUUCUUGCCUUUAAAAACGUCGUCUGCCUUCUCUUAACAAACUGCAGAAUUCAUCCGGAGGUGUCGUCUGUUCUACAUCUGCAGUCCUUCACGACAGACGACGGUGUACGAGUUGAUCUGUCAUUAAAUUGUGAAUUCAGAUGAACGUUAUGUUCGUUCACGACUGACUUGUCUUAGACCACACCACUAAAAACAUCAAUUUUCUACUUUGUAAAAUAAUCUUACUGCGACAUAAAUAUCUAUAUUUUUCCUAUGACCUUUUAUCAAUCAAUGUGAGAUAUCAACCUUACGGGAUCAUGGGGAUUCCUCUCAUGGCUGUUUCAAAACCUGACAGGAACCAAAUAUCAAAAGGGGCUCCGCGUUUCUAGGGGUGGAGAAGAGAAGUUCAUCUGAAGAAGCCUUAUUCUGUACACUAUACCAAUAUCCCUAAAAGUGCUUCAAAUCAUGACUACACGUGUUUGUUAAAGAGUUGUUUAUCAGAGCAAUUCUGACCGGUUGAAGAUGCUGAACGCAAAACAUUAACACUCGACUCUGAGCCGCCCGCUCAUGUCAACAGCCUUACAAAUACACAGAGUUCACCAGACCUCUUAAUAACAUCUCACCUCCAAAUAACACACAAACUAUAUGUUUUGCUUAAAUAAUGAGGCCUGCCCACACGACUAAAUACUGGAGUAUACUUGAGGAUAGUAAACUGAAGUAUAAUCGUAAACACUAGUGUUUUUUAACCUUAUUGUAGUAAAUAUUGAAGUAUACUACAGUAUUUACUACAGUUUAUUAAUUCACUAUGAUACUGUAGUGUAGUUAAACAAAAAGUAAUAAUUACUAUAAGAUGAAUUAAUAUACUCUUAUUCGCUUCAAUUAACUAUAGUAAAUAAUGAAGUAUACUACAGUAUUUUUUCAUGUGGCUGUUUUUUAGGAUCAUGCAGGUUUUUUGCAUUGUGAAGGAAAACACAAAGUGCAACUUAUGACUUUAAUGUCGAGUACUUUGUGUUACAGAGUCACAAUGCAAAACGUGAUAAUGUAUGCUUCGUUAUUUAAUGCAAAAGGUAUAUUUGUCUUCUAUUUGUGGGGUGUAACAGUUCUUGUACCGACUUAGAAGAAUAGACGUUGACUAGAUUGAAACUCUUGUGUGCUUGUUCUGUCACGAUCCUCUUAUAGACAACAGACAUUUGUGCUUUCAAAACAGCAGGUGAAGGAGAUUACACCCCCCAAAAAUAAAAGAGAGAAUAAAGAACAGCGUAGGUGUCAGAUUGGAUAAUGGUUUCUGCCUUCUUUAAUCGUCAGUAGAUCUGUUCUGCGUUCUGUUUGUUUUGGUUCGAGCGGCUCGACUUUGAAACAACAGAACAUAAGGAGUUCAACCACACGAGCUGCGUUUUCAUGGUUUAUUGUCGAAAUGACCAGAACACUUUUGAGAAUCAGCUUGAGUGGCAUUUGUAUGAUUUGUACUCCGAUUAUGACAUGAUAACCACGCUUUGGACACGCUCUGAACCCAGACACAAGAAUCAGCUGAUUUAAUGGAUACCGUGUAUCCUUAGCACCUCAAAAACAUAACAUGAUAGUGUUAGAAUACUUUCUGAAGGACGAGGAAAUCUAGACAUUUCAUUAUUCAUCAUUAUUAUUAUUAUUAUUAUUAUUCAACACUAUUGUCAUUGUUAUUAUGGAUAUCACAUUAAAUGUUCUGAUGAAAAUGUGCUGUACAUAAUGUUUGAUAUUAAGGUAUUCAUUUGAUUCAUGUCUUUUCUAAAAGAGUGAGAAAACUUUGACACUUUCUACAGCCAAUAAGAGGCCACCUUUGAACUGUGGUUUAGAGCCAAUAGGACGCCUCCAUUUCACAUACAGUAGUUAUGUCACGUCAAUCGUUUCUCAUCAUCGUGUGGAUCAGAACACGACUGACAUGUUUGGUUUUUAACAGAGAGAAGCGGCUGGUUUCAUAAAGAGGCAUGUGCAUGGACUUGAUUAUGAAUAACAUGUUAAAUAAAGCCUUCGUUUGACUGUUUUCACCUUCUUUUCUCGACAUGUUUGUGAAAGUUUAGAAACUGUGUGUGUGUUUGAUCAUGUCACUGAAAUAAAACCAACUUCACGA